AUGUCUGAUUUGAUCAAGGUAAAUGAAUGCGACGUUGAAGACGCGUAUGCCAAUGCCGACCAGAAGGCUAUAUUCAGAAAAAUGCUUACACAGGAGAAGCUGAAGCGGGACCCAAAAACAGGGAAACUAUUAAGGCCGUGGAACUUCGAAGUGGUCAAUGGUUUCUUUAAGCAGUCAGAUCCGUCCACUGACGACUCCACUUUUGACUUAUUAGAAGAAAAUUUCGGAUUGGCCCUAGAUUCCUGGUCAAGUUUGAAAAAGAAACUCAAGUCUUUGAAUGAUGGAAAACAACCCAACGAAUCUUACAAAUUGAUCAUAUGCGCACGUCAUGGGCAAGGGUACCAUAACAGAGCGGUUGAAAUUUUCGGUAUCGAGGAGUGGAAUCGCUAUUGGUCUCAUCAGACGGGUACUACACUAGAGAACGGCCAAGUUUUAGAAUGGGGUCCAGAUCCCUUGUUGACAGAACUAGGCGAAAGACAAGCAGAUGAACUCCAUCAAGCUUGGCUCUCGCAAAUAGAAGACGGCGCCCCAAUCCCGACAAAGUUCUUCACUUCCCCAUUUACUAGAUCGUCUAUGACAUUGGUACGAACUUGGAGGGACAUCACUAUCUUUGAAAACGGCGAUAUUAAGAAACCCUCAUUUUCCUCAAGAGCUCAUCCUAUAGUUUCCGAGAAUCUUAGAGAAACAAUUGGCUCCCACUUGUGUGAUAAAAGAUCUUCUAAGAAAGUUAUCUCGGAAAGAUUUUCGAAAUUUGGAUUUGAGUUCGAAUCCAACUUUGCUGAAGAAGACAUCUAUUACAGAGAUGAUUGGAGAGAAACUUUGAGUGAACAAUCGCUAAGAGCCGAUAUGUUUCUUCAGGAUGUUUUUGAAAAUCAUCCGGAUGAUAUUUACAUCAGUUCUACUUCUCAUGCGGGGGAGAUUAGAGCAAUAAUAACAGCAUUGGGCCAUCGAGAAUUUGCUAUUCCUACUGCUGGCACCAUUCCAUUUGUUGUGAAAGGAACCCGUGUUUCAAACUCGCCUCCGAGUUGA